GUCUCGAUCUGCAAGAACAUCUAUUUUUGACACGUUGUCUUCCAUGUAUUAACUUACCGAAAAAUUGAAGCUUUCCUCGGGUGAAAGGACUAUUUAGUUAUGCUCCCUAUAAUCGACGAUGAAGUAAAACGCUUUUACAGUGAGCUCAACAUAGAAAAACCCAUUGUACAGAAUCCAUUCAUUCACCGGUUAGUCGUCACUAGUUGGAAGAAAAAAACCGAGAUUUUCAUAGGCUUGAUAUUCCUUUUCCCCAUCCGUCUUUUAGUUGGUAUUUUAUUUUUUAUGUUUGCGGGGACUUGGUGUUUUUUCACCACUCUUGGUUGGAAUCCACCAGACUUAAGGACUCCCUUAACCCCAUGGAGAAGAUGGAUGAAAGACUUCCUUCCUAUUAUUGUGCGUGCCAUAUUGUUUGCCUUUGGCUUCCACAGAAUAAAAAUAAAAGGUAAAUUAGCUACCCCAUCAGAGGCUCCUGUGACAGUGAUUGCCCCUCACUCUUCCUUUUUGGAUAUCUUGUUGUUGUGCGAAUAUGGAAAAGCUCCAUCAGGAAUUUCAAAAAUGGAAAAUAUCAACAGCCCCAUCCUUGGAGGUUUUUUUCGAUGUCUUGAGUGCAUUGGUGUUUCAAGAGAUAUCACAAAAUCAAGACAAACAGCUGUUAAGGAUUUACAAUACAGAACAAUCACUACAAGAGGCCAGUGGCCCCAUAUAUGUAUUUUUCCUGAAGGUACUUGUACAAACAGAAAGUGCCUAAUAUCUUUCAAGCCAGGAGCAUUUAUUCCUGGCUGCCCUGUGCAACCAGUUUGUCUACACUUUCCAGACUUAUAUGCUUGGACGUGGGAUGGACCUGGAGCGUUGAUAUUGGCUCUGUUACUUAUGUGUCAACUGAACAAUGAAGCUGAGUUUGAGUUUUUGCCUGUUUGGAAUCCAACAGAGGAGGAAAAAGAGAAUCCUAAACUGUAUUCAGAACAUGUGCGAAACUCUAUGGCAAGAUGUUUGAAUGUUCCUGUGACUGGUCAUUCGUUUGAAGACACCCUACUAAUGGAAGCUGCAACAAAGCAUGGUUUACCAUCUGAAGCGGGAAUCAUCGAAUUCAAGGUCACUGCUACUAAACUAGGAGUAAAUCUGGAUACUGUAAAAGAACGUCUGAAAAUGUUUGCAAUCUUGGAUUCAGAUAAGGAUGGUUCCAUUUCGCUGAAGGACUUUGCACUUCAUUACAAGUUGCCGACCUCAACAUUUUUAAAGGAGCUCUUUUCAGUCUUUGAUAGGGAAAAUGAAGGUGUCAUCAGCUUCAGGGAGUACUUGAUCGGAUCGGUUUGUUUAGCCAGGGUGGCAGCUAAGAAAGAGGUUGCUGGGAGCGCUGUAAAGACUCUUCAAGAAUACAGCAAGCCAACGCACAGGACGAUCUCCAGUAACCAGCAGGAAAGUAUUCUUAAAAGCGUGUUAAAGUCUAUUGAUGACACAUACGCAGACAACCACAACGUCAGGAGUAGAAAUGAAGAGUUCCAAGAAUUUCUUUCUCAUCAUGAUGAACUAACUGUUUUGCUAUCGAGUCUGCUACCUCCGGUUGAAAAUGGUGUGCGAGAGUCCAGACUCAUCUAAGAAUUAUUACCAUCAGUGACUGCACACUGGUAGUUGAAAGUAUCGACUUUUUUUAAUCAGUAGAAUUUAAUUAACUGAAAAAUAAAUGAGCAGAGAUGUGAAGCAGGAAUAGAAUUGGAAUUUAUCAGCUGAAUCUAUUUAAAAGAUGUGAUAUUUUCUUACAAAUGAGAGGAAUGCAAAUAGGAGCUGUCUGGUGCUGAGCUUUCAAAAUUGAAGUCUUAAGCAAGUUGCCAGGAAAUGUACUUCUGGUAUGUUAUAAACCAGCUUACAAAUUGAAUUUCUCGAAAAUAAAUUUCAAGUAAAUAGAAGAUAGUAUUAAUAGCAAUCAUAGAAUAGUAAUAAGUGAUAGUGGUAAAUAAAAUUAACAAAUGGUGUUGAUAAAUGAUAUUAAUAAAUAAUAUAUUUGACAGAUUUGACUGAUAAAAGCAGCAGCUUAUUUAACACUGAUAGUCUUGCUGUGGUGUUGUAGAGUAAAGAAGUCAGUUCCAAGCUAGUUUCAGGUUACUCGGAAUGGGCAGAUUUAUUUAAAAUCAGAAUAUGGACAGAUUUAGACAUUUAAUAAUGCCUUUCAUUAAAUGAGAUUUUCAAUGAAUAAAUGAUAGAUUCCCAAAAAUACUGCUCUUUGAUUUGAGUCCUUAGUAAGGAUGUUUAAUAAUUGGCGAAGGUUGAGGAAAUAAAGA